UGCACUCGUUCCUUCAUCAGACUGCCAGAGGUCGUGACCCCAGACGGGGCAUGAAGUGAAAUCACGUUACUGUCAGCAGAGUCGUGAUGUGAGACGUGAUGCUGCUCGCACAGCGGCGGGCUGCCAUUGGUCGCUGGAGAUGAAUGGAUGGCUUGUGAGCCAAUCAGUCACGUGACUGAGGAUUAUGUAGACGGGCCGGUACCAGAACCUGGCACCCAGACGCUCGCCCGUUCAUCCAUCAUGCACAGCAAAGAGCAGAUCGGCCAUGACGAGUACCAGAAGGCAGCAGAUUGGUUGAUGUGUCAGACGAAGCAGCGCCCCCAGGUGGCGUUCAUUUGCGGGUCUGGCCUGGGCAUGCUCGCCGACGCCCUCAAGUGCCAGGAAUUGUUUCCUUACUCAGACAUUCCUGGUUUUCCGCAGAGCACAGUUCAGGGUCACGCAGGUCGGCUGGUUUUCGGAGAACUGAAGGGGAAGACGUGCGUGUGCAUGCAGGGUCGUUUCCACAUGUACGAAGGACACUCGCUGUGCAAGACAACAUUUCCUGUUCCAGUCUUCAAGCUUUUGGGGGUGGAGACCUUGAUUGUGACAAAUGCUGCUGGAUCAUUGGCUGAGAGCCUCCAACCUGGUCACAUGAUGGUCAUCAAAGACCACAUCAACUUUCCUGGAUUAGUCGGACUGAAUCCAUUGAGUGGACCCAACAAUGACAAGUUUGGGCCACGUUUUCCAGCCAUGUCGAGUUGCUAUGACAAAGGUCUACGUUGCCUGGCGAUGGAGAUUUCCAAGAAUUUGGGUGUGGCCGACCUCGUUCAUGAGGGCGUGUACGCUGCAGUGGGCGGGCCCAACUUUGAAACCAUCGCUGAAGCACAACUUCUGCAUCGACUUGGCGUGGACGCUGUUGGUAUGAGUACCGCUCCAGAAGUCGUCGUUGCUGCUCACUGUGGACUCAGAGUCUUUGGGAUCUCGCUCAUCACAAAUAAGGUACUGAAGAGCUAUGAGGACUCGGACUUGGUGAACCACGAAAGCGUCCUGGAGGUCGGUCGUUUGCGAGCCUCGACUCUGCAGCAGCUGGUGAUGGAGCUGAUUGGCAGGAUGGAAAUAAACAACAUCAUCAUCUGAAUGUGCACACACACUCAGUGCACGCACACACACAGUGCGCCCACAAAUACAGACACACUCACCAUGUGCGCACAAACACACAUU